UUUGCGCAAGUCUACAAGUUCUUGGCUAUUUUGGUUUUGCUCGGCACCAAAGGUGCAGAUGGAUUAUUCAGUGCAUAUGUGCCAGAAAAUGUGCACAAUAUUGCUCAGCUCAAUGUAGCAGUGCAUGAUGAAUUGCUGCGUAAUGGACUGUAUGCAGAAAUAGUUGGAGAAGUCGCAGACCGGAAAGAAGCUUGUGGAAUAGUGAUGCUGGACUACACGGCCUAUGUUCACGGGGAUCUAUUCGAGGCGGCAAUCAAACCAAUCGAAGACUAUCUGCUGGCAACCAAUAAGAGGACCGUCCUGAAUGAAACUCUUCGAAUGGAGGUCUAUAAGGCGAUGAAGGCAACAGCAUUGGCCGCACACAAAGCUGACAUGAGGGAUCUUUUUGCCAAGCGCCAGGCCUCCACACCAUUGCACAGGCCAACGAAACUGAAGUCGUUCCCCAAUGCUGGUGUCGUAGCGUUCGAUAUUGGAAUGAGCCUCUUUGGUGGCUUCAUACUUGAAAGCGUCGAGGAUUCUGUUGAGGAAAGUACCGAGAGGGAAGUGGUUGGUGGUCGGGGGCCAGGUGAUCUACUCGAGUGGAUUCCAGGGUAUGAUGGGCGCAGGUUCAAGGUCAUAGUACCGGAUUCUACUCCCGACUACUCACCCAAUGCAAUGCCAUAUAUGGGAUCGGACUGGAUCUGGCUUUACUCUGGCGCAUCUACACUGCUGCCGCUACUGUUCUCGUUGUUUGCCGCCGUCUUUGGCGCGACGAUGAUUUGGAAACAAUUUACUAGUAUCAGAGCCAUGAAAAAAGACUACGAAGAGAUGAUGCAAUGGAAAGAUUACUAUGAAAGACAUCUCAUGCCUAAAUAUCCUUCUAUUCCUAACAUGUAUGAUUAA